AUGGGGUUUACUGCAGGAAAAUGCUGUAAAUAUGUCAGGAAAUAUUUUACGAAUGGGCAAAGAAAAAAUAUGCUACCCUAUUUUAUGUAUUGUAAAAAUAAACCAUUUAUCAUGAAUCCAAAAUAUAUACAAAAAUAUUCACUAGAAAGUGUACCACCAAAAGUAAUAAACAGAUAUAUACAAGAUAAUAGAAGGUUAAAGGAUGACAGUUUUUAA